AUGAACCGGCUUUGGAACAUCAGGCGCAUGGAGCCAUUCCAGGGUCCUGCAAAGUGGGUCCCCACUCUGGGCGAGCUGCAGAAGACCCUCCAGAAGGGCGAGUACAUGCCCCUCCGCCCGCUGCCCAUGUUCGAGAGUAACUUUGUCCAGGUGACCAGUCGAGGGGCCCCCGCGUACGUGCACCACAGAGCCAACCUCCUGACUAUGGGCGUGGCUGCCUCCCUGCCAGGCCUGCUGUUGCCAGACCUCCUGCUGAUCGCUCAGCCCCCCGAGGGCAGAGAGUGCUCCAACCUCGUCCUCACCAGGAUGAUCCCGCUGGACCUGGUGCACAUCUACAUCCAUGACCUGUCUGCCUGGCGCCUGAAGCUGCGCCUGGUCACAGGCCGCUACUACUACCUGGAGCUGAACGCCCCUGACAAGGAGGUGGGAUUCCUGUUUGACCGCUGGAUUCGCCUCAUCCACCUGCUCCGGGGGCCUGCCACCACCUGGGCCCCUAGGCCCCUGCACGUGCCCCCCACGGACCUGGCCCAUGCUGCACCUCCCGCCUCCACCUGGCGCCUCCAGGACGAGCCCUACAGCAAACGUUUAGUCACGAUUGUCGAGCCUGCCUUUCCUUACAAGACGCUGACGUCUCAGAGACAGAAGGCGGCCAAGGCCCUCAAGCGCAAAUUCAAGUCUCAGGCUGUGGGUGACUCCGUGCCUCUCAUCUGGUCACAGCUAGAGCAUGCUGACACUAGAAAGAAAUCCACAGAAAAAAGGUCCCAACCAGCUAUCUGUGGUGACAGAGCUCACACAGAAAUUCAAGUUUCUGAGAAGCCCAGCAUCACCAUCCGGACCAUCUUCAGCAUCAUUUCCGACUCCGUCAACCACACGCAGUCCUCUUCCAAGGCAGCUAUAUACCGGGGGGCCCAACUCUUGGAUGAGGGAGGAGGCGCUGGAGGCCUGGACCCCUGGGGCUGCUCGCCUGCUUCUGAUGCGGCCAUGGUCCUGGGAGGUUUAGUUGAGACCCCUUCGCACUGUAUCUCAGCGGAUAGCCCUGAUAUUUCCCUUCUGGGUUCCUAUGACCACUUGGAUGUCCUGUGGAAGCAGGGCAUCGAUGCCCUGAUGGACCCUGAAUCCAGCACCUUGUCCUCUUCCUCCCUUUGCCCAGCCGUCUACCCUCCUGCCUUCUACCUCUCUGCUCCCUACUCUUCCUUCCCCAGGCACAAUGAAAAGGCCAGGCCUCCAGGCACCAUGCAGAGGCUGUGGCCUCCGUCCUCCCAGAAGACACCAUCGGUCCCUGCCACAUCUUGGAAGGCUCCGUUCAUCCUUGACCAGUCCCAGAAGGUCUCGGCAGUACCUGCUGCUCCCCAGAAAGCUCCAGUUGUACCUGCUGCUCCCCAGAAGGCCCCAGCUGCACCUGCUGCUCCUCACAAGGCACCAGCUGUACCUGCUGCUCCCCAGAAGGCUCCAGCUGCACCUGCUGCUCCCCAGAAGGCACCAGCCAUACCCGCUCCAUCUUGGAAGGCCCCUCCUUUAUCAGCUAUUCCCCAGAAGGCCCCAGUCAUCCCUGCUCCAUCUCGGAAGGCCCCACCUGCACUUUCUGUUCCCCUGAAGGCUGUGCCCCACGCUGUCCCAAAUAGGAAAUCUCUGUUCCAACCUACUCCAUCGCAGAAGGCUCGGACCCCACCUACCCAAUACCAGAUGCCUUUGGACCCUGCCAAUUUGGGUAUGAUGCCCAUGGGAAGUGAUGGAAGGGAUGUGCUUGCGAAAGGCAAGCAUGAAGGGAAGCCAGAACCAGUGGUGUUGGUGGGCACCCAGGAGACAAACGUGGUAGAGUUGAAGACCCAGAAGAUAUCCAUGGAGCUGCCCUUCACCACCACCAAGAAGAAGUCGGAGGAGGUCCUGAUCAGCAAAGCCCAGGAGAUCACCCUGGAUGGCUUGAAAGGCAAGGGCAAGUUGGAAGACAAGGUCCAUAGGAAGAAGGAGGAGAUAUUCCUGGACAUGCCAGGCCUCAAAUCUAAGGAGGUGGGGCAACAGAAGAAGUGGGUCAAGACCAAGGAGGUGGCCAUCGAGGGAGCCCCAGAGGAGCACAGCAGGCCUUUCCCAGUGGAGGGGCUCGCCCUUGCCAAGAUGAUGAUCAUGGCCAGCUCCAAGGAGGCUCCCUUGACACCAGCUGCUACUGUUGGUCUGCCCUCCUGGCUGCCGACCCCCCAGGUGUCUGCCAUGUCAACGAUGGACACAGCGGCCCUCAGCAACAGCCAGGUGUCUUUGCCAGAGGGGACACCGGUGGCAGUCAAGGAGCCACCCCAGUUGGGCCCCUGGGCAAAAAGGAGCACGCGUCUGUGGGUGGAGGAGAACACACGUCCUUGGGCGCAGGCACAGGAGCUGCCUCAGGACCCAAGGGGGCCCUCCAAAGUGCCCCCACGCUCCAAGCAUGCCUCUUUCAGCCGGAAGUUGGACCCUGUCUCCCAGGCUCCCAUCCCUCUACCCUCAUCAAGGUGGGAGGACAUACCCCAGUCGCCCAUCUCACUGAGCCCCAUCUCAAAGAUGGAAGCCAGGGUGUCCCAACAGCCCAAGGGAGUAUCUCAAGAGCCCGCAAGGAUGCCGUACCAGUGCCCAGUGGCCAAGACUGCAUUGUUCUCAGAGAUUCUGUUGCCCACGCUCUUGGAACUUGAGAAUAUGAGGGACACGGCCACUAAGGUGGAGAAGAUAAAGGAGGAACAGGAAGCCUUCAAUCCUUCGCCCAGCACGCAGUUUUCAGCGCCUUGAACAGCGGGAUGCGGGGGACUCAACCUCGGUCGCCAAAACGUCAGAGGAGCCCAG